AUGACUACAAAUCGUUCAUUAAAUUCACAUUAUCAAAUUGGUCGUCUAUUAGGUUCAGGAAAUUUUGGUGAAAUACAUUUAGGUCGAAAUAAUGAAACACAUGAAUAUGUUGCAAUUAAAUUAGAACAAAUUUUAACUCGUACACCACAAUUAGCAUAUGAAUAUCGAUUUUAUAAACUCUUAGGAAAAUUUCAUGGAGUACCAAAUGUAUACUUUUAUGGCCAAACCGGUUCAUAUAAUGCACUUGUUAUGGAAUUAUUAGGUCCAUCAUUAGAAGAUUUAUUUGAUUUAUGUUCAAGACGUUUUUCAUUAAAAUCUGUUCUAAUGAUUGGAUUACAAUUAUUAGAUAGAAUGGAAUAUGUUCAUUCGAAAAAUCUUAUUUAUCGAGAUAUUAAACCAGAGAAUUUUUUAAUUGGACGUGGAAGUACAAAUCGUCAACAUAUUAUACAUAUUGUAGAUUUUGGAUUAGCAAAAGAAUAUCGAACAACAGAUGGAAUGCAUAUACCAUAUCGUGAACAUAAAAGUUUAACUGGAACUGCUAGAUAUAUGUCUAUUAAUACUCAUCUCGGUCGAGAACAAAGUCGUCGAGAUGAUUUGGAAGCUUUAGGUUAUAUGCUUAUGUAUUUCCUACGAGGUAGUCUACCGUGGCAAGGUUUAAAAGCUGAUACAUUAAAAGAACGUUAUCAAAAAAUAGGUGAUACGAAACGUUUUACAACACAUGAUGUUCUGUGUGAUAGUUAUCCACGUCAAUUUCUCCUUUACUUGCGAACUGUACGUCAAAUGGAGUUUUCUCAAAAUCCUGAUUAUGAUGGAUUACGUCAAUUAUUUCGUAUUGCUCUCAAUGAAAAUAAUCUUGUCAAUGAUGAUGAUUUUGAUUGGAUUAAACCUUUACAAGAACAUCGUUCAAAACGUACUAAAACAACAAAUGCAACUGGUACUGAUACCAUAACAACAAAUCUUCCUACAAAGAAAAUAAAUAAUACUAUAAAUUGUACAUCAUCAUCAACAACAUGUAUUAAUAAUAACAACAACAAUGAAUCUCGUAAUCGUACAAUCAUAUCACGUAGUAUAUAUCCUCAUAAUCAAUUACCCUUAAGUUCAACAAAUGCCACGACUCUUACAUUAAAUGGCGGCUCAAAAACAACACUUUCAAUGGCAAGUACAACAAAACUUCCAGUUAAUCUACCAACAACACGUUCAACAGUUGAAAAACAUCGACCAAUACCAGCUAAACGACUAAGUGUAGUUGCAUCUCCACUAGCAGCAGCACCACCAACAACAUCUAAUUAUUCGUCUAAUCAUAUAUUAAAUCUAAAUAAUUCUAGUAAAGAUUUUGAACAAUCAUCUGCAGCAACCUGUUGUUUUUUUAAACGUAAAGCUAAACGAGCUUUACAAAUCACAUCAUCAAAAACUUAG